AUGGGUUCGAUAUUAAACUACAAUGACACCUCAAUCCCAGCCCUCACAUCACUGGAACGUAUCGGCCCCAAAGGCUACCUCCGCUAUGUCUUCCCUUUCCAGCUCGUCGAGGACUAUAACAUCGAUGAAGUCGCCACAGUCUUGAGGACAGGAUACGACGCCCUCAAAGACCGCAUUCCAGUCGUCGCCUGCGAGGCCAUUCCCGAUGUCAAUUUGAAGCAAGCCGGUGUCCUGAAACUGCAGAGACUUCAUGGUUCAGACAUCGAAGAUAUCGUAGUGAAAGAUUUACGAAACUCGGAUGCCUUCCCGCAACACUACUCAGAGCUCAAAAAGAAAGGCUUUCCCGUGGCCGCUUUCGACGCAGACAUCCUAUGCCGCCGGUCCGUUUGGCCAAGUCCAGGAGAGAGACUACCAACAUCCCUCGUACAAGCGAAUUUCAUCCGCGGCGGCCUGGUCCUCACAUGGUGCAUCUUGCACAUGGUUGGCGACGGAACAUCAUUCUACACCUGGACAAAGGUAUGGGCCGACGAAUGCCGGCGUGCGCUACAGGAAUCCAUCGAACCGGUCCAUCUCGACGAGGCCAUUUGGUGCGACAGAAGUCGCAUGAUGAUACCAUCUGGCCGGAAUCCUGGGUCCCUGAAGACGCAUCCAGAAUACACUCUCCUUCCCUUCACUCCGGCAGGUGCACCGCCGAAGAUGCUCUCUCCUCAUCACCGCGGUCAAGUCUUUUAUUUCUCACCUGUGGCGCUCAAAGAACUCAAGGCAGAGGCAUCCCCGGCUCGCGCAAUAGUGCCGUCGGAUCAGUCCUGGAUCUCUACCAACGAUGCCCUCUCCGCCCUACUCUGGCGCACAGUCAUGGCGGUACAGUCACCGCUUGCCACUCUAGAAGGCGAUCCAGUAUCCGUCUUCAACAUCGCAAUAAACGGCCGCAAAUGCACAGACCCACCCGUCCACCCAGAGACCCAAGGCUGCUUCCUCGAAUACAUCGCCGUCUCUCUCCCUAUCCGCGAAAUCCUGGGUUCGUGCAACCUCGCCGACUUAGCAAUCCUAAUCCGCAAAGCUGUCCUCCGCGCAGACAAUCAAUACACAGACGACGUAAUGUCUCUCGUCGAGCAACUCGAAGACGUUGACAGACUAGUUCCAACUGCAUUCCUCGAUGUGCCUGGGUUCAAUUGCAUUCUGAGCUCGUGGGUAGGGUUCGAGUUGUAUGGGUUAGAAUGGGGCUCGUUGCUUGGGAGGAUUAAGGCCGUGCGGACGCCGAGUGUGGGUGCUAUUAAUGGGUUGCAAAUUGUGCUUCCCCUAUUGCCGGAUGGGGGUGUCGAGAUUUUGAUGGGUGUUGAGGAGGGUUGUUUGGGGAGGUUGUUGGAGGAGCCGUUAUGGAUGAAGUAUGCUGUGGCGAGGUAG